GUAUCAGAUAUCCACAACACCCUCCUUUCCAAAUUCCCUUUACUUCAUCCGAAAACUUUAAGGCUGUGUGAUGCUGUGAAAGAUUGUACCUUUUGCCUUCACUGCUUGUUCUUCUCUUCUGAUUUCUCGUGUGCAGGCUGUGUGAUACUGAAUGCGCACCAGUCAUGAUUCCUCAACCGUCUCCAAGAAGUGAAAGCUAUCAAUAUAACGAGAGCAAAGAUAGAUCUCCGAUGAGGAAAUCUGAAGUAGAUUGUGUAGAAACUGAGCUUUCUGAUGCCAAAAAAGCAGUACAAGAUCUAGCUUUAAAGAUCGAAGAAGCGAAUUCGAGGGCCAAAGGGCUGCAGAGGAAACCAAAAUGGCGCAAACAAGAAGAAGCAGAAACGUCCUUAAAGAACAAGGAGGAUGCACAGUACGCAGAAGUGAUGAGAGAACUUGAACAUAUGAAACAAGAAUUGGGCAAACUUAAGCUCGAUAUGGCGCGAGUUUUGAAGGAGAAGAAACACGCGGAAAGAGCAACAAAAGCUUGGAAUUCUAAAGCAGCCACAUUUUCGGCCUCCAUAGGAUUGAUCAAGAAAGAGAUUCAAGAACUCGGCGAAGAACAAGCCCUCACUGAAUUGGCUCGAAUGGAAGCUGUUAAAGAAUGCAAAGCCAUUGAAGCUUGGAGGAAAGAAGAUGCUGAUCGGAGCCAAAUUUUAUUGUUGGAAGCUAAAAAGAAACCAGAAGAGAAUGAAAUGACAACAGAGCUUCAAGUAACACUUUCUGAUAUAAAUUUGUUAGAUGGUGAGCUGAAUAUGGCUAAGGAAAUGGAAAAAAUGGCAAGAAAGCAAGAAGGGUCUCCAUUAAACACGAUUACAGAUGAAUUGGAAGCGGCGAAAAGAGAACUUGCCUCCAUUAAAGAAGAAGGGUUUAACUUCAUGACCUCCAUGGAUGUGAUUAGAGAUGAACUCAAGCAUGUUAGAGAUGAAACAGCUCGAUUACAGAAAGCAGAACAGAAACGAGAACUAACUGUUCAAAACCUCAACUCAAAGAUUCUGAGAGCAAAAGCAAAACUAGAAGCUCUUACGGCUUCAGAAAGAAAAUCAAACACAAUUGCUUCGCAUUUAUCGGUCACUCUCCAACAAUUAAGCGCAGAAGCCGAGAUAACGAAGAAAGAGAAAGAUGUUAUAAUGGAAGAAAUCGGAAACAUGAAGUUGGAAAGUCAGAAAACUGAAUCUGAAAUACAAUUAGCAGAGGAAAGAUUACAAGCUGCCAUGGAGGAACUGAAAGCAGUGAAAUCAUCAGAAUCUAAAGCUUUAGAUGAACUAAGAAAUCUGAUCAACACUACAGAAGAAGCUAGAGGUAUGGUUUCGAUGAAUAGUUCGAUCAUAAGAAUCACCGAUUUCGAAUACGAGUACUUAAAGGGAACGGCUAGUGAAGCUGCAGAAGUUGCUGAUAAAAAGAUUGUAGCAGCUCAGGCGUGGGUGGAAGCUGUAAAGGCAAAUGAAAGGGAGAUAUUGAUGAAAGUAGAGAUGGCAGAAAGAGAAAUGAAAGAAUCUAGUGUGGAGGCAGUGGAAGAGGAGGAGGAGGUGGAGGUAGGAAGACGGGGAAAAAGCUGGGAAAAAGCGGUGGCAUCUCCUCGGAGAUCGGUGGUGUAUAGAGUUGGGAACAUGGGGUCUGCCAAACGACCAAAAUCACAAAAGUUACGAUCUCCGGCAGCCCGGUAUACGAGUAAGUCGAGGAGAGGAAAAAUGAUGCCGAAACUCAGAAAGUUGUUUAGCAACAAGAACAUCGAAAUGGAUGAUUGAAUGGUUGGAUGGAUGAUGGAUGUUUUUCUUGACAUUGUGUAUGAUGAAUAAAGAUGAGUGUGUGUAGAUGUAGGGUUAAAGAGUUCAUAUGGAGCUUUCUUUAUGAAAGUAUGAUCAAGCUUAUUGUGGGAAUAAACUCAUUAGAAUGAACUUUCCAAAAGAUGAAGGUCGGUUAUAUCAUAUAUUGAAGAGAAAG